AUGAUGCUGCGCCUUGUGUUCUAUAUACUAGCUUUGCUUCUGAGUGUUAUCUCUCUAUGUGUGGCAUCUGCAGAGAUUCCUGGUGGAGGUGGUGAUCGUGUUGUUCCUGAUACUGCAUCUGAAACCAAAGUUCUUCAUACUGAAGUGCAACAGACUGACCGCCGUCCUGCCGGUCCUACGGAUCCUGCUAGUCUUUCUCCUGUAGUUAGUGAUGAUGGCGGUAGUUGUCUUACUACUUCUGCUGAGACGUCGUGCCCUCCUAAUUCUUCCGUUUCAACCGAUGGUCAGCCUUGUUCCCCAGCAUCAGCAAAAGUACCGGAUGCAACUCAACCACAACACCUAACUACUGGUGAUCCUGGUUCUGGUGGUCAUAGUUCUUCUUCUGAUUCUCUCUCUGAAACUGGGGUUCGGGGUGCUGACAUCGCUCCUGGUGUUCAACCCCAACAACCUCCUACCCUUCCUCAUCAGCAAUCUGCGCCUGGUGCCACUUGCACUCAGAAUUCUUCUAAUCUUCCUUGUACAACUGCACCAGAGGAACUGACUCCAACUAAACCAAGAAUAUCUAUCCCUGAAAAGCCUGGACAUGGUGCUCUUCUUGAAGCGCCUUCAAAUAAACACGGUCAUCUUGCUACUGAUAGGACUGGUGCUCACGUUACAUUAGGUGAAGCUGGUCUUGGGAUUGGUUCUGGUUCUGGUACUGAUGAUACUUCUUCUUCUUCUAAUCAUUCUACUGCAUCUCCUCCACCUGCUGCUUCUGCUCCUGCUAGUGAUCCUCAACCUCGAAACAGCGACAACCAUACAUCCACUGCAGCAGAUAACCAGGGAACUGCUGAGGGAACACAACCUUCUGCUGACUCUCCUACCACUUCCGCCACAGGGAGUGAUGUUGGUUCUGAUGCUGCAACACCUGGGAAUGGCACUUCAUCUGCAGGGAGUGAGUCAACAGGUACCCAAGAAAGUGUGGAAAAUGCGGGCACCACUACAACCACUACAACUACCACCACCACCACAACAACAACAACACUUCCUCCUGAAAUCACAAACAACAAGAAGGGUGAUGCAGACAGCAGCAGCAGUAUCAGCAGUUCUGUAUGGGUGCGUGUACCACUAUUGAUUGUGGUUACACUGGCCUGUAUUCUUGUAUGCUGA